AUGGAAGUGGCGGGCGUUGUCAUAGGUGCUGUUGCACUUAUAGGUGUCUUCGAAGAUUGCGUCGAGCUAUUCUCGCAGAUCGGUGCGGCGAAAUCCAUGGGAAAGGAUUACAUACUACUUGCAACAAGGCUUGAUCUUCAAAGAGCAUUACUACUACAAUGGGCGGAGCGUAUGCACAUCUACGACGAGGAAACAUACGACGCACGACUGAAUGAAGCUACUGUCGCAUCUCUCAUCUACAGGACCCUUGGGUGCAUUCGCCAACUUCUCCAAGAUGGCAACGUGUUGCAACAACGCUAUGGUGUGAGAGCAGCGGAGGCAUCUGAGACAACUGAGUCUUCGACGACUGUCAGCAAUUCAUUGAUGGCUCGUAUACGCGACAUGUCACUUACUCUCCAAUCCCGGCGCGAUGCAAGGGAAAGCGAACUCGAACGAAGCAGGUACCCUCAAGACUCAUCAGGCAUCAAUAGCCACGCGAAGCGAUCUUGGUCUGAUUACGUAUCAUCUCAGUCUGAUCAGGCGGAGUCGUCGCACCGACGUCCGGACAACAAUCUCCAGAACAAGCGACCGCGAUACGAUACGUACCGAUCCCGGUUUGAACAUCCCAGCCACAAUUUGCACGACAAUCGUCAAAGCAAAUCCUCACUGUCCGGAAAUAUCAAAUGGGUCAUCAGGGAUAAAGACCAAUUUGACAGUCUUGUUCGAAAACUAUCAGAACUCAUUUCAGAUAUCGAUAGACUUGUCCCACCACUUCGUGGUGGGACUACUCAUACAAUCCUGGCGCGCGAUCUGCAGGAUAUGAGCAGCGUUCGCGAGCUCAGAAAGAUAAUGUACGCUUCCAUAACCGACAACAGUGAGCUAGUCAACAUUACCGAACAGGCUAUCGACGCAGCUUGUACCAAACUAAUCCUCGAUCAUCUUUGGUUUCGCUUGAUCGAUGAUAGAAGAAACAAUGUUGUUGAAGCUCAUUCCAACACCCUUGAAUGGGCUAUUCGUCCACCUGCUUCCGAUGUGGCUUGGGAUGAUCUGGGCGAGUGGUUGCGUUCUGGACCUGACAUUUACUGGAUACAUGGCAAGCCCGGUAGCGGAAAAUCCACGCUGAUGAAAUUCUUGUUCCAUCACCCUCAGGUUGUUUCUUUCCUGCAAGAAUGGGCGGGAGAAAGGAAACUGACUGUAGCCUCGUUCUUCUUGUGGAACAUCGGAGCUGUCGAGCAGAGCUCUCAAGAAGGACUCGCUCGAGGACUGUUACAUCACGUUCUGAAGCAGAACCCAACGUUGACCCCUGAAGUAUUGCCAUACAUGUGGCAGGAAGCGCAGAGUGGUGUUGUAGGCUUGAGACUCCCGUCGCACAGCGAAAUGAAGACUGCGUUCCAGCAAAUUGGCAAUCAACAGACGAAAGGGGCUUUCGCUUUCUUCAUUGAUGGCCUAGACGAGUUUACCGGCAACCACCGAGAUGGGAUAUCGUUCGUAAAAAGUUUCAUCACCAGCGCAAACAUCAAGAUCAUAGUAUCAAGUCGACCUAUCGAUAGCUGUGUCGCAGCCUUCUCCUCAGCGCCCAAGCUUAAGCUUCAGGAUCUCACAGAGCCAGACAUCGAAAGAUACAUCAACGACGUCUUACGUUCGCACCCUUAUGUCCGCCAAGCUAAAUGUGUGAGCGAUGCAACCCUGGAAGGGCUGGUGGAAGAUAUACAGAGCAAAGCGAGCGGUGUGUUUUUGUGGGUUGUUCUUGCAUGCCGCACUCUUACGGAGGGGUUCGAGGCGUACGACGAUGCUGACGAACUUCGUCGUCGUGUUGAUGAAUUACCACCAGAACUCGAACAACUCUUUCGUCACAUACUCAACGGCCUUCCCACUCGCUUCAUUCAGCAGUCUGCGAAACUACUACGAGUAUGCUACACCAGUCGAAAGCUGCAUUUCGAGAACAGGAUACCAGCUUUCCGGUUAGCUUGGGCGCACGAGAAGGACAUGAAAACUGACGCAAUGGGAGAGUUCAUCCCAGAUUCUCUUAACGAACGGAAAGCAAGAAGUGCCAUGCUCAAAGGUCGCCUGCGAAGUCGAUGCAGGGGACUCUUAGAGGUCACAACAAAGGACUAUGAUCUCGUCAAUGGUCCUUUCGUGGUCUUCAUGCAUCGUACAGUGUUCGAAUUCCUUUGCACUCCGGGUGUGUGGGAAAUGGAAUGCUUGCGAAUUGACGACCACGAGUUUGACGCCACCACUGUAUUGGCAUACAUGGUCUGCUAUUUGUUGUGUGCUCAGAAGACGACUUUCCACGAAGGCAAAAAUGUGAUUUAUACAGCCUUUCUUUAUAUGCAGGAAAUCGAGGCAACAUCGAUACCGACACUAGGACGCCUACUCAACCGCUUCGCCUAUGCGCUCAUGCAGCCAGUAAGCGACAUACAGAUACCCUCCACCCGACCUGGCUUUGCUCCCGCUGUGGAUGAAUCCGCUCUUCUGUUGGCUAUAGAACUUGAUUUAGUCGCGUUCGUUGAAAGCCAUGAUCUGCGUGAUCUGCGUAAGAUAGUCACGCUACGGAAGCUGCACAACCAAGAUGCGAGUACGCAAUGGAGUCUUCUAUAUCACGCCUUGAAGAAGCCUAUGUUGUUUAAAAGGCUCGCUACCCCGCACGGUUACCCAUAUUCGUCUGAUAUGAUCAACAUUCUGCUCCAAGCUGGAUGCAAUCCGAACGAACGUAUCGCAGUAUCUGGGACAGAUAAGAAAACUUGUUGGGAGAUUUGGAUGGAAUCUGGGUGCAUGGUCACGUUUGAACGUACCCCCGAAAUUCGAAGCGCCGAAAUAACGAUGUUGAUGAUUCGUGGCGGUGCACUUGUUAGGGGUACUCACUUCGAUGGUGAACAAGAUAAGCUAAAGUCGCUACUACAGACAGUGGGGGAUCCACAGAGUGCCGCGAAAAGGAUAGAGGAUCUACAGGAUCGCAGGAAGUGGAUAGCACUCUGCAACGAGAUUGCAGAAGCAGUGGCGCCAAUGCUUUCAUAA